CUUGCUCUGUUUCUCUGCAGCUUGCAGUCUACAAAAUUCUCAAAUACCUUUCCCCUUCUUCAAAGACCCUGGAGAGACAUUUUCCAUGGGAAUUCAAUUCACAGAGACAGGAUGUGACGGGAACUUCCUCGUUUUGUUCUAUCCAUCUCGGUUUAUAUAGCAAAGGGCAGAGCAAAUAGUAUGAGUCUUAGAAGAAAGUAAAUGAAUAGUUCCAUAACAAACAAGGUGAAAACCCUGGAUUCAGCUGCCAGUCAUGUCUAGAAUAUCAUAGCAUCUGGAACCAAAACACUUUGCAAGAAUCAUCACCCUUUUCAGAGAUCUGUAGGACUCACCCAUCCAUCUGGACCUGUUGCUGCUACCUGCCCAGGUAGCCUCCUCUGAUGACAAGAGAUGGCAGAUUUCUCAGUCUCCAUGGAUUUCUCACUGACAGCACCUCUGUCGAGCAGUCUCUUCCUCAGCCACCUUCUCCUCCUAUUCCAGCCUGGGAAGCUGAACUCAGAGGAGGUUAAGGUGUUAGGCCCUGACCGUUCCAUGCUGGCCCUUGUUGGAGAAGAGGUGGAGUUCUCAUGCCACCUGUCACCAUACCUGGAUGCAGAGCACAUGGAGAUCCGCUGGUUCCGGAGCCAGACCUCAGAGGUGGUGCACCUAUAUCAGCAUGGACAGGAACUAUACCACCAGCAGAUGACACAAUUCCAUAACAGGACCAAACUCCUGAAGGAUGACAUUGCUGUUGGCAGCAUGGUCCUGGAACUCCACAGCAUCGUCCCAUCUGAUGAGGGUCCAUAUGGGUGUCGCUUCCUCUCCAGUGACUUCUCUGGUGAAGCUGUGUGGGAACUGGAGGUAGCAGGGCUGGGCUCUGACCCUCACAUCUCCCUGGAAGUAUUCAAGGAAGGAGGCAUUCAGCUGAGGUGCAGCUCCCAUGGCUGGUACCCAAAGCCCAAGGUUCAGUGGAAAGACCAUCAGGGAAACUGCCUGUCUCCAAAGUCCGAAGCCAUCAACCAGGAUGCCCAGGGCCUGUUCAGUCUGGAAACAUCUGUGGUUGUCAAAGGGGGUGCUCAUAGAAAUGUGUCCUGUUUCAUUCAGAACCCUUUACUGGUGCAGAAAAAAGAAUUUGUAGUCCAGAUAGCAGAUGAAAUUCUACCCAGCACUUCCCCCUGGAAGGGAGCUUUCCUGGGAGUUCUGGUGGCACUGCCUCUGCUUCUGGCUGUGCUCCUGACACUGGCACUAUACUUCUUUCAGAAGCAACGGAAAUCCCAAGAAAAGUUCAAGAAGCAGGGAAAGAAUGAACAAGGGAAACUAAUGGCAGAGCUGGAGAAGCUUCAAAAGGAACUUGAUUGGAGAAGGACCGAAGGCCAAGCUG